AUGCGGACCCAACUUUGCUUUGCAGCUGUUUCGGCCGCUGCAAGUUUCCUUGUCAACGCAGCACCGGCAAACACUAUCCACGAGCGUAGUGUCGACUUUAAUUGGGGAAGCACGAAGGUUCGCGGAAUCAACAUCGGCGGAUGGCUGGUCCUCGAACCAUUCAUCACACCUUCGAUAUUCCAGAAGUAUAGCUCGCCUGAGUGGCCGGUGGUCGAUGAGUGGUCGCUAUGUGAGAAGAUUGGACAGCAGAGCUGCGCCGCUGCACUGAAGUCGCACUGGGAUAGCUUCGUCACGCUCAACGACUUCUGGAAGAUCAAGAACGCUGGCUUCAACAUCGUCCGCAUUCCCGUCGGUGCUAAUCGUUACUGGUCAUAUGUCCAACCAUGGGGCCCAUAUGCGCAAGGAGCUGCUCCAUACCUCGACGCAGCCAUCGAUUGGGCACGACAGACCGGUCUGAAGGUCAUCAUCGAUCUCCAUGGCGCACCAAAGUCUCAAAACGGAUUCGAUCAUAGCGGACACAAGGCAGCAUUUCCAAGCUGGGGCGAUGCUGAUAGUCUCAGCUACACCCAUGCCGUGCUCAAACAACUCGAAGAGAAGUACGCGAAGCCGGAGAUGCAAGACGUUGUUGUGGCGAUUCAGUUCCUCAACGAGCCAUUCCUGUCGAAACUAGAUCCGGAGAUGGUGAAGCUGUUCUAUCGCGAUGCGUUCUACAACUUGAGAGAGGUCAGCAAUACGCCUGCGAUGCUGCAUGAUGGUUUUUUGGACCCUUCGUGGCUCAACGGGUUCCUGACGCCGCAGGAUAAUAACGCGCAAAACGUCAUCGUCGAUCACCAUGAGUACCAGAUUUUCGAUUCAGGUCUCGUUGGCAUGUCGGUCGACCAACAUCUCAGCCUAACUUGCAACGCUGUGAACAACUACGCUGGAUCUGACAAAUGGACCAUUGUCGGUGAGUGGAGUGGCGCCCUAACAGACUGCGCGCCACAGCUCAACGGAUUCGGAUCGGGUUCGCGCAUGGAAGGCAACUUCCCGGGUUCUCACUACAUCGGCUCAUGUGCCGGCAAAUCGGGUCCUGUCUCUUCGUGGUCUCAGGACUGGAAAGAUAGUGUCAGGCGCUAUAUAGAAGUGCAACUUGAUGCCUUCGAGACCAAGACGCAAGGCUGGGUGUUUUGGAAUUUCAAGACCGAGGGAAGCGCGGGUGAGUGGGAUGUCUUUCAAUUGCUGGAUAAUGGUGUGUUUCCGCAGCCAUUGGGGGACAGGAAGUUUGGGAAGUACUGCCAUAACUUCUAG